GUCGUCGCCAAGCUUUAAUCAAAUGGGUCAAUUUAAAACGUGACUUGUCUACAGAGGAGCUCAUUUCCCAGAAAGUUCGUCAUAACCUUUAGCAGAAGAGAGAGAAAGAAAGAAAGAAAGAAAGAAAGAAAGAGAUGACCCACCCCAACCCACAAAAAAACCUUAUGGACUUCACAUUAACGAUAACAAAGCUUCAAUCUUUCAACUAACCUUGUGAUCUUUCUCUUCUGAUUUUUGCCCCCUUCUUUUUCCUUUUAAAGUUGCAAUCACUAAAGCUGAGCUCAUGGGUCUUGCUUCCCAAGAAGCAAUCAACCAGUUCAAGGCGUUAAUGGACCAAGUUGACGAGCCUCUAAAAAAGACAUUCAAGAAUGUUCAUCAAGGAUAUAUAGUUGAAACUUUGGAACGAUUUCUUAAAGCAAGAGAGGGAAAUGUUGCCAAAGCUCACAAGAUGUUGGUAGAUAGUUUACAGUGGAGGCUGCAAAACGGGAUAGAUGACAUAUUAGCUAAACCCAUAAUUCCUGCUAAUUUCUAUAGAGGAGUGCGUGAUUCGCAGCUGAUAGGAGUGUCUGGUUACACAAGAGAGGGCCUUCCUGUUUUCGCUAUUGGUGCAGGCCUCAGCACAUUUGACAAGGCAUCUAUCCAUUACUAUGUGCAAUCGCACAUUCAAAUUAAUGAGUAUCGGGAUCGUGUGAUUUUGCCAGCUGCAACAAAAAAGAAUGGAAGAUAUAUCGGCAAGUGUGUGAAGGUUUUGGAUAUGAGCGGCCUAAAGCUUUCUGCAUUGAACCAGAUAAAGCUGCUGACAACAAUCUCUACCAUUGAUGAUCUCAACUACCCUGAGAAGACCAUCACUUAUUAUAUAGUAAAUGUUCCAUAUGUAUUCUCGGCUUGUUGGAAGGUUGUGAAACCACUCCUGCAGGAACGAACAAAAUUAAAAGUUCAAGUGUUGCAAGGUGGUGGUCGUGACGAACUGUUGAAGAUAAUGGACUAUCCUUCCCUCCCUCAUUUCUGCCGAAGAGAAGGUUCAGGGUCAGGAUCAGGAUCAGGGUCUUCUCGCCAUUCAGAUGGUGGGUGCUACUCACUGGACCAUCCUUUUCAUCAAGAACUUUAUAGCUACAUGAAGCAGCAAUCGGGGUGUCGUGAACCCAUAGAACCAGCAAAGCAAGGAUCGGUGCAUGUGGAUGUGGCCUUGGGAAAGCCUGAAGAGGCAGAGUUAUGCAAAACAUUGGAAUCUGAGUUGAAGAAGCUCAGAAAUCAAAAGAGUCUGUCUGGAUCUUUAAAAAAUAUGAAGAUCAGUGAUUAAU